UUUGCUAUCAUGAAUGCCCCACCCCGCAGCGAUGCAUAUCUUGUCCCCGAAGGAGCUGCAAAGGUCGUGUACGAGAAGGAUACGCGCAUCAGUAACGCUGGCCAGUUCACCAUCUUGCGGGAAGACCACACGGUGGCGAACCUCAUUCGCAUGCAGCUGCUGCGCGACAAGAACGUGACGUUUGCAGGUUACCAGCACCCGCAUCCCCUCGUGAACGACGUCAAGGUCCGUAUUCAGACCAACAACAACUCCACCCCGAUCCAUGCGCUGAGUAACUGCCUGGACGACUUGUCCAUUGAGUUUGACGAGUUAGCGCACAUCUUCCGCAAACUCACGGGCAACACGAAGGACCAAGGUGGCUUCAGUUAAACCAGCUAAUAUCAACAACCCAUUCCUUCUAUA